AAUUUAUUUUGUCAUAUCAUUGUGGUAGUCAGCUGUCAGCAGAAAAUUAUUUCUGGAAAAACAUAAACAGGCAAAAUUUCCCGUUUCCGCUGUUAGCGAGCUCAAACCCGAAUCAAACCGAACUAGAAACCACCAGCACCUCCUCCGAACACAAUUAUGAACUGGCACACGGGCAACAUAGCCGAGGCGGUGGCCGAAUCAAAAAUCAAAAAUGCAAUUUUCGUUGUAUUCAUAGAGGGCCAGGAUGAGAUGUCCAGCAAACUGGAGCGGUUCGUGGACGAUAUUAGGGUGCGUUCCCUCCUGGAGACCCCCGACUUUGUGGCCAUCAAAGUUCAGGGCAAUAGCUCUGCCUACGGACAGUUCAUGUCGCUCUACAGAGUGGUGCCAAUUCCUUCGCUCUUCUUUAUCGGAAAAUCGGGAACUCCUUUGGAAGUGGCAACGGGAGUCACUGCAAGCGUCGAGGAAUUGGUGGCCAAAAUAGACAAAGUGCUCAUCCUGGCGGGGAAGAAAGCUGCGGCGAAUCUAGACCCCAGCACUACAACCUUGCCAGCCGAAAUUGCGAGCGCAGCAAGGAGUUUUGCCGGAGCCGAUGAUUCCACCAGUUUGUCCAAUGCGCCCCAGUCCCAACAGCCCACUACAGACAUUCAAAUUCCUAAUCAAGCUGAUAAUGCCGCCUCCACUUCGAAGUCAAAUACCGAGGAAGUCGAUGAAUCUCCCAAGCAGCCGGGGAAUACGGAAGAAGCUGCCUCUGUUAGCGCGGCGAGUCCUGCGGAAGCUGUCGCCAGUGAAGAUAAGGAUGAAAACCCCCCAGAAGAACGGCGAAGUGAGGAUUCUGAAGCAAACUACCGAGACGCUAAUCUCGCAACUCCCAGUUAUGUCACCGCCAUAUCCUCGCGUUCCAGCGUACCAGCUGCGGAAAGCAAAGCAAAAUCUGCUGCUGCCGAGGCCGCGGAGAAAAGAGCUGCAGCAGCAGCAGCAGUUUUAGCCGCAGAAGAUGCUGCAGCUACAGAGGAAAGCGACCAAGACGGGGGGAUCCCCCCAACCCCAGGGCCAUCGGUUCGUAACCUGGCCACCAAUGCCUUAUUGCCCGCUGUGCCUCUAUUAUCCGCCGCUGUCCCAGUCGCUGCUUCACUAAAUACAACAGCUACCACAUCGACUACGGGCAGUUCCGAGGCUCGGAUGGCGGACGUGCAACAGCUCUUGGAGGAGAAGCGCAAGGAGCGAAUGGAGGAGGAGCGCCGUCGGGAGAAGGAGAACGAGCUAAGGCGGCGACGGGAGGGCAGAGAGGCCCUGGCUCAGCAGCAGCUGGCUAAGGAGCAGGAGCUUAAGAACAUGCAGGAACGUAUUCGUCGCGAACGGCAAGAGGAGCUGGAGGCUCGGGAGCGGAUUCGGGCCCAGAUCGCUGCCGAUCGAGCAGAGCAGGCGCGACGCGUUACCAUCUCGCCGGAACCAGUACAUGCUUCACCGUCUACUGCCUCCGUGACGCCAGACUCUUCCAUCAGCUCUGUGGACGAGGCGAGACUGCAGAUCCGACUACCCGAAGGCAUCCAUCGCACCAAAUCGUUCCCAGCCGCCGAGGUUCUGGCCACCGUACGCGUCUAUGUGAGGAAUGAGAUGCUGGCAGGUAGCGACGGUCGGGAGUUCACGCUGGCUACCAACUAUCCUCGCCGAGAGUUCCAAGCGGAGGACGAAGUCAAGACGCUAAUCGAACUGAAUUUGGUUCCCAGCGCCGUGGUCUUGGUUUUAACCAAGGACAGCUCGAAUCGUGUGGUCCGCAGUGGUGGCUCUCUGAUGACCAUGCUGGCCACUGUGGUGUGGGCCAUGCUUACCCCAGCUGCCAAGGCGUUCGAUUACAUUCACAAGAUGGGUCUGAGGCCGCUCUCCCAGAAGAUAUCUUCAAUAAUAUCCAAUAUCCGAUGGCCAGGACAACAGGUCGAAGUUAUGGAUGCUAUUCAGAAUCCUGCCGCCCGCCGCAACAUGGACAUGUUUUCCUUGAGACCAAGUCAACCCCCUGGCUACGCCUACCAGGAGCCCCAUGAAGCGUCAGCGCCUCACUCAUCCAUGCCCGCUCCAUCAACUACCCAAGGUACCGGAGCUGAGGGUAAGAACGUACCGCAACCGCAGCCGGGUCCCGGCAGCACACCACAAACCCAGAGCACCAGCCAGGCUCAUUCCACAUCACAGCGCCAAAGCGAGGACUUUCAACAGCGGCCUGGCGGCUACCAGCCGCCCCGAUAUGGCGGCGCCAACAUUCGACGAUUGCAGGACACUAAGAAGGAUGACAAUGACAAGGACAAGGCCACCUACAAUGGCAACUCCACACAGCAGCAAUAGGACGGCCCAGUGCCGUCAGUCUCUAGAUAUGAACUUAAAUAAUCUGUUAUCCUAAAUUUAAUUAAAACUAUUCUUCAACCAUAUUCCAAAAUAUCA